UCCAGAACAGCAACAUGGAGUUUGACUACCAAACGCUGAAAGAUGCUGAAGGCAGACAAAGAGAGGAGCGUAUCAGCACCCUGCCCAUCCAAAUGCCACGGCCCUCCGCCGCACAAGACCAGUGCGCCAGCCACAAACCACCCGUCAAGCCCUGUCGCAGCAUCAAGUGCCGCCCUGCUGCAACACAAGAAUCGGGCCCUCCAAACCCUCUGGCCAGUCAAGCAGGACACGAGGUGGUGGUGAAGCGCAUGUCCCCGGCGGUGAUGCUGGGCCCUGCGGGGCCCCUGGAGGCCCUGUCCCCGUCUCUGCGCGCCCACACGCUGCUGUGGUUCCACCGGAGCCAGCUGCCUCGGCUGCAGACGCAGGGCCGGCCCCUGCCACGCUGGCUGCACGGCUUUGCCACUCGCAGGGAAGCAGAGCAGUUGCUGCAUGAUCAGCCAAUGGGCUGCUUUCUACUGAGGUUGAGCGAGUCCAAGAUUGGCUUUGUACUGUCAUACAGGGGCAAAGACAGGUGUCGCCACUUCAUCAUUGAGGAAGAGGAUGGUGGUCUUUCAGGGAAAGGGGGGAGAUACCUCAUUGCUGGGGAAAACAGUCGCCAUUGCAGCCUUGAGGAGCUCAUCGCUUACUAUACCCAAAAUCCUGUGGGGCCCUUUGAUGAAGUGCUGACAGUACCGUGCACUAAGGCUAAUGGUCUGAGUGACGACAUCAUCAGAAAGAGGGUGGGAGACAGGGAGCAGGGAAAAGAACCGAGCGGCCAAGUCUCGCUGCCUCCAGCUCCACUGACCUCAGCUCCACUGCCCAAGCCCGGGGAGGCUGCGUCCAAGGACACACCGGAGUAUGCUGUGGUGAGGAAGGCCCUGAGGAAGAGCCACUCCCUGCCAGAGUCUCCAAGUGUGCCUGACACAGCGCUACCCUGUUUACAGCAGGUGUUCAACGCAGUCUCUAGUCCUAAAGAGAGCACUGUGUGCCAAGACAGACCCACCAGUGAGAGUGAUACGCACUCCACCGUCGACAAGCCCACUGAUGUCCCCUACGCCCGUGUCAACAAACCUCCGAGAGCCUUGGCCCAGACCCCACAGGGCCCUGCCGGCAGUUCAGCCUCCGGACUGCAGGGGGCGAUGGCCCCCUCUGCCCCGACAUCGCCACAGGCCUCAGCGGAGCAAAAGUACUGGCAUCUGGAACCCGAGCAUACCUACGAGGAGACUCCUGCCACGGCCACUGCCGCCACUGCCGCCGCCGCCACCACCACGGGCGAGCAGAUCGAUUUCUAUGCCAUGGGCCGGCGGAGAGAGGUGCAGCGCAGUGAAGGAACUUCUGGAAGUCACGUCUACUCUGAAGUUAACCUCCGUGGUGCUCGGGAGAACCCCACCCUCACCUCAGAGCCUGCACCAAUAAGAGCAAGCAACAGUGCUACAGCUCCUGCUUCUCUGAGGAAUGCCCCGAACCUCCCUGCUAGACCACCCCCAAGACACACCAACAUAUUUUCACGACCAGAUAACAGUGUGCAGAACUUUGGUGGGCCUCUCCUGUCGACCUCUCCGUCCAGGUCUGGUCACUUCCCUCCCCACCUCGCUGGUAGACCUCUCCCCACUGACCCCUCAGCCAUCUACGAGCAAAUUCCAGAAAGGUCGUCUGGACCUCGACCUCCUCUGCCUCCACCCAACCCUAAACACUGAUGCCCUGUGACCCAGGGUCUGGCCCUUUAGAACUACAACUGGAGCAUCAAGAUGAACGUCAACUUUUUUGACAGGUCUUAAUUAUCACCACAAAGGAGGACGCACUGACUGCUAUUUUCAAACUUCUCAGUGGUUUCUGAUUCGAAUGAAAAACUAUUAAGACAGAAAUGUACCAAAUACAUUCCAGCAGUAGUAUCAAGAUUUUUGGUCUUCAAGGUGCACUCUCUGAUCAUAACCCGAGACGCAAAUUCAGAGAAUUUCUCCAUAGUCUGUUAGAAACAUAAUGCAAGAGACAAAGCCACACACAAUGCCAGCCACUCAGCAGCACUGCUUCAAGAGUGCUGUUCAAAUAUAUAAAAAAGUGUUUGCUGGUUAGCAUCUGAAAACAACUCGGUUUGUGUUCACACUCAAACCAGCCACAGUUGUGCAUAUGUACUCCACCUUUCACCCGCAACUAAAUGUGGACCACGAGCAUGUCAGAGAGCACAGCUCAAGUCAGAAUGUUGCCUCUGUAUACACACACACACACACACACACACACACACACACACUUAGAAGAGCAUUUUCUGUAUAUAGUGAAUAGAAUGAAGGGAAACAGACCACCUCCAAUUGUUAUCUGUCCAGGGCUGCGUAGAGAGAUGCAGGACCUAGCUUUGUGUAGAUAGGCUAUUUCAAACUGUUUACUGUAUGUCUACUCAUUGUCAGAUGUGGUAGUAAUUUAUCAAACCAGCGUAUCACUUGACAUGUGAAACAUGAGUACCAAAUAUUUAAUAAAGAAAAAUAUACAAAAGUCUGUUUGUUUGUUUUAUAGGAAACCCACUUUAUUUCCAAAGAAAAAAAAACAAAAAAACACACUGCAAGACUGAGCCAGCAGAGUGCUCCACAGUUCCUCUGAGCCCAGUCCUCACUGCUCAAGAGGGUUUCAGACGGAUGAUCUUGUGUCAAAGGCACCGCAGUGAUGUUUGCUGCAACGGGGCAUUCUUGCUCACGGGGUCCUCCAGCACCGUCCCAUCAUGCAUGUGGGCUUUAGUCUCACCCCGACCCAAACCUUAUUUAAAAAAACAAACGCAGGGAAGGAAGGAUGUCCUUCCAGCAUCCAUAAUAACAUGAUCUUUGAAACGGUUUACCCCAAUAUGGGUAAUUAAAUUAUUUGAUGAAAAAAAAAAGAAAAAAAAAAAAA